AUGGCUAGCGCAGAAUCAAGAGCCAUUCGGGCAAAUCGAAGAGCAAACGGUAUUGUAUCCCACGCUACAAAUACACAAAUCCAGAAUUCCUCUAUCGACGGAGAAGACCUACCACCAGAUGCCGAGGCAGACGUAGGAGAAGACUCAUUCUCAACUGGAGAUCCAGGAGGAAGCGGGAAGAUUAAUCAAAAUCUCAACCAAUUGCUAAAUAUCCAACCUAACAACACGGCAGAAGAUCGGCUUAUCGAUCAAGGACUAAUCAAUAUCUCAGACUCUGACAGCUCAGAAUUGGAGAACGCCGACGGGGAGAAGUCAGAAGACGACAGAUCACGUAAAAGUCAAGCAAUUACAGAAUCAAGAGAUACACCAUCUAAUGACUUCGCCGAAUCUAGCGAAAGCGACGACUCCUCAUCAAGCCCCUCUGAUUCUGAAAGUGAAACAGAUGAUUCGGACUCCUCAAGCUCGACAGACUCAUCAGAGACAUCUAGCUCAGAUUCUUCAUCCAUAUCCUCAGGCUCUGGUUCAGACACGGAAUCUUCGAACAGAAGCAACAGCUCAUCCUCUUCUUCGGAAGAAGGAGAAGAAGAUAAGCAUAAGAAGAAGAAACGUAAGAGUAGUUCUCAUUCCAUAGUUUAA